CUGCACCAACGCAACAGCCUGAGCUUUGCCCGUGACCCAAGUACCUACGACUAGUUCUGCGAUUGCAUUGCAUUGCUACCGCCCAGUCCAACAACUUGUAGCAUUCCACAGCAGGUUGUCCAUCAUUCAAACCAUUUUACUACGAUAAAUCCCCAACAUGUCAAGCACAACGACCCCAACCGUCCGCAGCCUCUACCGGCGCCUGUUGCGCGAACUCCCUCCUCUCCCCGUUCCACGCCACCGAGCACCCCGAACACCCAUCCACAACUCGAUCCGGAAACAUUUUAGCGAUCCUGCUCAGACUCAAACUCAAGCCGAGUCCGAGUUAGAGGCUGCCGCCCUGGCCAGACGGCAGGAAGUCGAACAGCUCGUGGCAUAUCUGCGCGCCCAGCGCAUGUACGGCACCCUGUUGCAACGGUAUAAUCCGGGCAUGGGCAUGGAUGAGGAAGAAAGAGUUCGGUUGACGGCGCGGAGGGUUGGGAUGGAGAUGCCGGUGGAGUGGAAGGCCAAGCAGUGAAAUUACCAGCAAGAGCAACCAAACUUGCAGCAAGCGUGAUUGUUUAUGUUUUUGAGGCUCGUGGAAGCGAAACCAUGACGAGAAACGGAAAACGGAAAACGAAUAGCAUGAGAAUAGAAUAGAACGGACGCCUGCCACCGUGGAAGCCAAAAGAUGGUAUUUUCACAAAAGGACGUGGGACAAGGCCAGAGUGCACGCAGUCGUGCCGUCCAUGGCUAAGAGGAGAACUGUGCCUGGCUUUCUUUCAAUUGCUGCAAUUUGACGGGCCGUCAUACAGAUCUAUGGGAGAAAAUGCUGGGGCAGGACUGGAUUCAUGGUAUCCUGAGAUGGAAGAAUGAGCAGAUUCACGUGGUGAACGUGACGUGACUGGAACGUUUCUUCUGCCUCUCUUGGAUGAGAGACGUGGGAAACCGACGAGGCCGCCAGGUACUUUUGGUUUAUUGCUCACGCCUUGUGUCGGCGUGUCGAACGGAAAGCAGGUUCCGGGCGAAGAUGAGCUGAGAUGAUGGAAACGGCCGAAUUUACAUUUCGAUACCAGUCUCCCAGAGGAUGUUCGAAAGCGACGACCGUUUUAUCAACCCAAAACCCUGUCGGAGUAGAGUGAACUGGACAGCUCUCCUUUUCUCUCUCCCCUCUGGGCUCCCUGCCAUGAAGAACGCAACCGACUACAGCCACGGACGAACACCCAAACGAGUCAAGUCACGCAGUGCCAAUGCUGUGCAUUAGGCACCUAUGGAUAGCCAUCUCCUUCAAAUCGAAGACAUAUGGUCGGUCUACGAUAAUACCUAUCUGCUUCGAACACCGUCUACACGCUGUGGCAAGCGACAUUCCUAAUGCUGUCAGAGAGUAUGUCUCUGGUCUCCAUCACCACAUUGAGAUCAAUCGGGUCCACGUUCCUUGCGCGACGGACGUGUCAGUUGGGCAUGCUCAAAAAGCAGUGCGGUCAGUUGGUGGGUCGGGCACCGAUGAUACAAGGGCUACGCUAGACCAAAGUCAUUCUGCUCCAAGGGUAUACCUAUCUAUAGGUAGUCUAGGCUAAAAAGAUAUUUGGUGUUUGGAUAAGAGUCGGGCAAGGUUCUGGUCCGUAGGUAUUUUACCAUUGUACCAAGGGAUGUCAUAGCAGCAAAAAAAUCAAAUUAUACACUGGCACUCGAUCAACCAUUGAGUCAAUUGCAGUGAUAAAUCAUUCGGUCAACAAACAACA